UUCUUUCCCCUCCACAAUCCACUUCUCUCACCUCUCAUUAACACAAAACCUCUCUUUCUCUCUCUCCUCUUCUUAUCUUUCUCUCUCUGAAAAACAAAAAGAAUAAGAGUGGGAGAAAAAUGGCGAUGUUUAGUAUUUUCAACUUAAUCUCGCUAAUUACAUUAUGGGUUUCAUCAACAUUGGUUAAUGCUAGAAUUCCUGGAAAUUACCAAGGUGGUGGUUGGCAAACUGCUCAUGCUACUUUCUAUGGUGGCGCUGAUGCUUCUGGCACCAUGGGUGGAGCAUGUGGAUAUGGGAACCUGUACAGCCAAGGGUACGGUGUGAACACGGCCGCACUAAGCACAGCGUUGUUCAACAACGGCCUGAGUUGCGGAUCUUGCUUUGAAAUCAAGUGCGCCGAUGACCCCCGUUGGUGCCACCCCGGAAGCCCUUCCAUCCUAGUCACCGCCACCAAUUUCUGCCCUCCUAACUUCGCCCAAGCUAGCGACAACGGUGGGUGGUGCAACCCUCCCCGUCCUCAUUUCGACCUCGCUAUGCCCAUGUUCCUUAAGCUUGCCCAGUACCGCGCCGGUAUUGUCCCCGUCUCCUUCCGCAGGGUGCCAUGCCGUAAGCGUGGAGGAAUCAGGUUCACAGUAAACGGAUUCCGUUACUUCAACUUGGUAUUGAUCACCAACGUAGCAGGUGCAGGAGAUAUCACGAGGGCGUACGUUAAAGGAUCAAAGACUAACUGGAUGCCGAUGAGCCGUAACUGGGGGCAAAACUGGCAAUCAAACUCUGUUUUGGUUGGUCAGUCACUCUCCUUCAGGGUCACAGCCAGUGACAAGAGAUCCUCCACUUCUUGGAACAUUGCUCCCUCUAACUGGCAAUUUGGCCAAACUUUUACCGGCAAAAACUUCAGGGUUUAAAAAUAUUUACCCUCUCGCCCACUAAAAAAAACAUUUCAAAUUUCCCGGCUAUAGUUUUAGUUUUUUUUUUCUCCUUUUAAGAAAAACCUUAUUUUUACGGGGUUUUUCCUUUUCUUUUGUUUUUAAUUUAAUCCUGACCUCGCAAUUGGGGAAAGAGGGGUAAAAGUGUAAAAGAGAAGAAUGAGAAAAUUUGGCUUUUUAAAAAGACUUUUCUCAAUGUAGGUUUUGGAGGGAGGGGGUACGUGAAUUUGUCAAUUUGAAGUAUUUUGUUUACUUUUUAUUUUGGGGUUAAAAGUUUUGGGUUUGGAGGGAAAUGGAUGGUUGAUGAAAGUGUAAUAUUGGAGAAGGAAGGAGGGUAUAGAGGGAAAGGUGAAAAAAAGGCUGAAGUGACUGCAGAAAGGUGUAGCCCGCAGCCUAAUGAUGGAUUCGGUUCUAAUUAUGGAUUAAUUGUUAAUGAUAUAUGAUAAUAUAUAGUUUAGUGAAGUGUAAUGUGAUUUUCACUACUUAUGUUAUUGUGUAAAACUCUUGGCUUUUGGUUCAAUGGAAAGAACUUUGUUUGCGUUA